CGUCCUCUUACGCGUGACGUCAUUUCCGACAGGGGCGGCCGUGGAACUAAGCGGUGGCCUGGUCGCCGGGCUCGGAGGGAGAGCAACAAUGAAUGAAGCAAUCCCUGAUCCCAAUGAGAAGCUAAUCGUCAUCCAUUCCAAGGUUCACAGGGACACUAUUUUGGCUAACUUUGAAGAACAGAGGAGAAAGGAUUUUUUGUGUGAUAUCACUCUCAUUGUAGAAAAUGUCCAGUUUAGAGCCCACAAAGCUCUGCUGGCUGCCAGCAGUGAGUAUUUCUCAAUGAUGUUUGGCAACGAGGGUGAGAUUGGCCAGUCGAUCUACAUGCUGGAAGGGAUGGUGGCGGAUGCCUUUGGGGCGCUCUUGGAGUUUGUCUACACAGGCUGCCUUCAGGCCAGAGAAAAGAGCACAGAGCAGAUCCUAGCCACUGCCCAUCUUCUCAAAGUGAAUGACCUAGUGAAGGCAUACAGCGAUCAGCAGAAAAACUGUAGUUUGAUUGAUACACAACCUUCUGGUCCUGAUGGGGAAACUACUGAAGUUUUCUUGGCAAACAACCAGAAGGUUGAAGAUCCCCCAAAGCGAAAACGGGGAAGACCAAAAAAAGUGAAGUAUGUCCAGGAGGCGCCUUCUAACGAAGACAUGCAAUUGAGAGAAAAUAAUUCAGUUCAGAACAAGCAAAAUUUUAUGAAGAAAGAGGCUGUGGGGGAAGACAUCGAAGCCGAUGAAGGGAUUCCUAUAAGUGGAGAAGUGACAGAAGCUGAGCAUGCCUCCUGUUCAGAUCCAGUAGUGAGCGUCUCCACUGAAAAAGAUGAGAACUACGAUCCUCAGUGCCCAAGUCCUCAGCCCAGCCAGAGUCGUUACAGCAAGCGUAGGACAAGGCAGUCAAUCAAACUCAGAGAUUAUAAACUUACUGGUGAUGAAAAGGAGACUGGCCUGAAAAAGAGGUCUGGUGGGAGAAAAAAACGUACUGGAUCAGAGGUUGAGUGCAAGGUCUGUGGGAAACUAUUUAAAUACAACCAGUUUUUAGCUAUUCAUCAAAGAAUUCAUACUGGGGAGCGCCCGUUCAAGUGUAGUGAAUGUGGGAAAGGUUUUUCCCAGAAACACUCUCUCCAAGUCCAUGAGCGGAUGCACACUGGAGAACGGCCUUAUACCUGCACUGUGUGCAAUAAGGCUUUAACAACAAAACACUCACUCCUGGAACACAUGAGCCUCCAUACAGGUCAGAAGGAUUUUACUUGUGAUCGGUGUGGAAAAUACUUCAGCCAGAAAAGGCAACUUAAGAGUCAUUACAGAGUUCAUACAGGCCAUUCGUUGCCAGAAUGUAGCUUGUGUAAUCGCAAAUUCAUGGAUGCAGCUCAGUUGAAGAAACAUUUAAGAACACAUACAGGUGAAAGGCCAUUUACUUGUGAAAUUUGUGGCAAAUCUUUCACAGCAAAAAGCUCUCUUCAGACUCACAUCAGAAUUCACAGGGGAGAAAAGCCAUAUUCGUGUAGCAUUUGUGGAAAAUCCUUUUCUGAUUCCAGCGCUAAGAGGAGACACUGCAUCUUGCACACGGGCAAAAAGCCUUUCUCUUGCUCUGAGUGCAAUGUGCAGUUUUCACGCUUGGACAACCUGAAAUCUCACUUAAAGAUUCACAUGAAAGAGAAGCAGCUGCAGGAAAGAAAUGGUGCUCCUUCUACUAUUACCAGCACCACCGCUGCAGAGGAGAUAAGGGAAACUGUUCAACUGCAACAGUACCAACUCCCCGCCUCUGGAGCACAAGAGAUCCAGUUGCUGGUGACUGAUUCAAUGCACAACAUCAACUUUGUGCCCAGCCACAAUCAAGGUCUCAGUGUUGUCGCGACUGAUGGCUCCCAGAACAUGGUAACAGACCAUGCCGGCAAUCUUACUCUUCUUGCUCCUCCCCCUCAGCAGCUGCAGAACUUGCUCCUUUCAACCCAGCCAGAGUCAUCAGGCCAAAUUGAGAACAUCAACAUUGUGAGCGGCCAAAUGGCACCUGCCCAGGCCGAGCAAAUUCAUGUCAUCACACUCUCUAAGGAAGCCUUGGACCACCUCCAUGCCACCCAAAGUCCGGCCGAAGUGCUUCAGAUCGCUACAGGAGCAUCUCCUCCAACACAGCACUUGCAAGUGGCUCAGGAAGUUAGCCAUCCAUAUCGUAUGGGCCAAGACACUGCCCAGGCUAACAAAGGGCAGACUCAAACUGUACAUGUCUCUGAAUCGGCUCAACAAUCCCUAACUGUGGACCAGACUUCCAGUGAUCUCUGUAUUGAAAGGCAGACUUUUUAAAGUAUAUUUGCUCCUCAUAAAUGAUUUAUGAUAUGCUUCAAAAUAUAUUUAUCAAAAGGAAA